AUGCUAAUAGCAGCUCAGAGCAUUCAUUUUUUCUUCUACCAUUCAGGUCCUAGAGCACUGCAGCUACAUCAAACUGAACGACGAACAGCUCAGGGAGAUCAUGCAGCGCCUGGAGCAGAGCUUUGCAGAAGGGCUUCAAAAGGGUACGUUGAUUGCUUUGAUUUUUCGAUUUUCAGAAGAGUAAAUAAAGCGAUUUUUCGAUUUUCAGAAGAGACUGCAGUGGUUAAAAUGCUCCCAUCGUUCAUUCGCGCAACUUCUGUGGGCAAGGAGAGUGGGGAGUUCUUGGCACUAGACUUGGGCGGAAGCAACUUCAGAGUACUGUUGAUCACCCUGCACGGCGACGGGAAGAAGGGAGAAAUGAGGCAUGUGACCUAUGCGGUGCCACAGGAGCUGCAGCAAGGAACUGGAGAACAUCUCUUUGACCAUGUCGCUAACUGCCUUCACAACUUCAUGGUAGAGCAAAGGCUUUCCUGCAACAAGACGCUCCCGCUUGGAUUUACCUUCUCGUUUCCUUGUCAGCAAAAAGGAUUGGCAUCGGCAUCACUCGUCGCAUGGACCAAAGGAUUCAGUGCCUCGGGCGUUGUCGGCAAAGACGUCGUUCAAUUGCUCACGGAUGCGUGUCGGCGGAAGAACAUCGCGGUCAAUGUCGUGGCGCUCGUCAACGACACCGUUGGAACAAUGUUGGCAUGCUCAUUCUUCGAUCCUGACUGCUCCAUUGGGCUCAUUGUUGGGACUGGGAGCAACGCUUGUUAUAUGGAACGCUUGGAGAACAUUAGCAAACUCAAUGGUUUGGUCAGCGUAAAUGAUGGACUUCCUGAAGAAAUGUGCAUAAACUGUGAGCUCGGUGCCUUCGGCGAUGACGGGAAGAUCGACAAGUACAGGACGGUGCACGACAAGAAGCUAGAUGCCAACUCCAUAAAUCCGCGCAAACAAACAUUCGAGAAGAUGAUCUCCGGGAUGUACUUGGGCGAGCUUGUGCGUCUUGUGUUGGUCGAGUUGGCAGAAGCAGGACUUCUCUUUUCUGGGUCAGCGGUCACCAGCAGUGCUAUUGGAAAACAAGGAUCGUUCUCAACUCGGAUUCUGUCAGAAGUAGAGAGGUAUGUGCUCGAGUCUGAAAAGCCGCUGCAUAAGAUUGGCCUGCUCUUGUCAGAUAAUGGUAUUGCUUCCCCGUCGUCAACUGACUGUGCUGUUGUGGCCUACGUUUGCUCCAUGAUCAGCUCAAGGUCGUCCAAUCUCUGCGCAGUGGCGAUGGCCACCAUUCUCCAAAGAAUUAAUCGGAAGCGAGUCGCGAUUGGCGUGGAUGGCAGCUUAUACAAGGCUCACCCGACAUUCAAGGACUUGUUGUCAACAAAAAUUGAGGCACUGACAGGUGGAAAAUAUGAGUUCAAACUAGUCCUCUCGGAGGACGGGAGUGGGCGCGGAGCAGCAGUGGCAGCAGCCGUGGCAGUUCGUUUGGCAGGCGCUGGCGGGAAGAAAUAAGCGAAAAGAAAGAUGCCCUCGGAAAUUGUGUGAUAGUUGUACUUGUAUAUGUGAUAGUCUGUUUGUUCAUAUUGUAUUGAUAGUAAUUCAUAUUGUAUGUAUAUUGUAUAUUAUUGUUGUAUGUAUAUUUAAACGGAUAAAAUGAGCCAAUUUUUGUCUUAAUAUUUUUUCUAUUUGUGAUUGCUAUGUCCAAAACUAUCAAGCUUACA